AUAAAAGCAUUAUAUAUAAAAAACUUUAUUUCAAAUAUGUAUAUAUCUUCUUUGUAAAAGUUACAUAAAAAAAGAAUGCAAAAAAAAUAUAACAAUCCAGAAGGAAAUCUACAUGCAUUAUAUAUAUAUAUAGUAUAGUUACGUUUAUAUAAAGUAAAUAACAUUUGUGUUCUAGUUUACGCAUUGUUAUCAGUGAUGUCUAAGGCAAUAAAAAAGCAGCUGUACAGUUGCUAAUGAUUUCAGUAAAGAAUUGACUCUCGGAAAGUGUGUUUCGAAGGAAAGAGAGAGAGAAGAAGAAGAGAUAACUUAAGCACUAACUAUAAUUGUUCUCAUUUUUUUCUGAUAAUCUAAAGUGUUGUCGAAUCUUGUAAGAUCUUCAAAAUUCUCUCUUUCAAUAAUGCGAAAACAUGAAUAAGGACACAACUCACAUGAAACGGAGUCCUAAGGAGACUGCGAAUAUUUUUAGUCGGCUAUUUUUCUGGUGGACGCUAAAUUUAUUUUUAAAAGGCUCAAAGACUGAUCUGAAGGAAUCCGAUAUUUAUCAAUGCUUAAAAGAAGAUGACUCUGAAAAAGUGACAGAUCAUCUAGAAAAAUACUGGAAUCGCGAGUUGGAAAAGUUAGAGAAGCUCGAAUAUACUGUGGGCAAAGAUGGACAGAAAGUGCCGUUAAAAAGAAAUGCACGUCCAAGACUAUACAAGGCGCUCUUCGGCGCCUUUUGGUUGCCAUAUUUCAUUGACGGGAUCUACAUAUUUAUACACGCGUGCGUAUUGAAAAUUUUGAUACCGAUUCUUCAGGGUUGGAUCGUCAGCUAUUUUAUCGAAAAACGGACAAGUCAAACGGACAAGAUAGGGAAAAACGAGACAAUGAUUUAUAUCGCUUGUUUAGUGCUCUGCACUUUUAGUAGCUCCCUGAUGUCUACUCAUUUUAUAUUAAUAGCGCAACAAAUCGGCAUGAGACAACGUGUUGCCUGCAGCUCCCUCGUUUACAGAAAGAUAUUGCGAUUGAGUCAAACAUCUUUAAGCCAAACCGGUGCUGGACAGAUUGUGAAUCUUCUCAGCAACGAUGUCAAUCGCUUCGAUACAGUAUCAAUAUAUCUGAAUUUUAUAUGGAUUAUGCCAUUUCAGGUCACAAUCAUGGGAUACAUAAUGUGGCAGAAGAUUGGUGGCUCGAUUUUUGUUGGCAUCGGUUUAUUGUUGAUCAUCUGCCUACCUAUUCAAGGAACCUUCAGUUUACUAAGUCGUAAUAUUAGAGCCAUGAUCGCGCCACUGACCGAUCGACGAGUGCAGCUGAUGAACGAGCUUAUAGCUGGGAUACAGGUGAUAAAAAUGUACGCCUGGGAAAAACCGUUCAGCAAGAUUGUAUCGAUAACGAGAGCGCUGGAAAUCAAGAAGAUUCGAUUCUCGGCGUAUGUGCGCGCUGCAUAUUUGGCCAUCAUAGUAUUUACCGAGAGGCUGCUCCUUUACUUUACAUUAGUAACAUUCGUAUUAUGGGGAAAUGAUCUGAGCGCUGAUAUAACUUACACUCUUGCAACAUUUUUCAACAUCCUUCAACUCACCGCGGCCAUGUACUUUCCGCAAGCGCUUAUAUUUUUGGGCGAAAUGAUAGUAUCAAUGAAUCGAUUGGAGGAUAUUCUGCUGAUGGACGAAGUAAACAAGGAAACGCCGCGUUUGCCUUUACCUGAAGAUGAAAAAUUGAGCAAAGCAACUGUUACGAGCAAUCAAAUAGAGAUCUUCAAGAACAAAACUUUCGAGCAGGAAUUACAUGACCGUCCAGUUUGCGUGAAGCUUCAUCGCGUCUCCGCGAAUUGGAUCAACGGUCAACUGCCACCGACCUUGUGUGACAUUUCUGCGAUCAUCAACCCGGGCGAGUUGUGCGCCCUGGUUGGUCCCGUGGGCUCCGGUAAGUCUUCCGUCCUCUAUCUGCUGCUGAAAGAGCUGAAUCCCGGUGCGGGCACCGUAGUUUUCAUGCAUGAAUCUUCGAAAAAUGUUUCUUACGAAAAUAAAAUGGUUAACGGUUAUCACAUGGACAAUACGAAUCUGCGCAUCUCCUACGCCAGCCAAGAACCCUGGCUCUUCAGUGGCACCGUGAAGGACAACAUAUUGUUUGGCCAACCCUUCGAUAGAGUCAGAUAUAAUGAGGUGACAAACGUGUGCGCGUUGAUAAAGGACUUUCAACAGUUGCCUCAGGGUGAUAUGACAAUAGUCGGUGAAAGAGGUGCGUCUCUCUCCGGAGGUCAAAGGGCGCGGGUAAAUCUCGCGAGGGCGGUCUACAGGCAAGCUGAUCUUUAUUUGCUCGACGAUCCUUUGAGCGCGGUAGACACUCAUGUCGCCAAACAUCUCUACAAGAAAUGCAUCACCGAGUAUCUCCACGGAAAGACGAGGAUUCUUGUCACUCAUCAGUUGCAGUUUCUAAAACAAGCAGACCACAUUAUCGUGCUGGAGCGAGGUUUCGUAAAGACACAAGGAAGCUAUAACGAACUGGUGGAAUCAAACAAAGAUUUCGUUGAGAGGAUGAAUGAAUUGACGACAAGUCAUGAAACGCAAAAGAAAGAAGAAAACGCGAAACGAAUCUCGGAAAUGUCUUCGAAGAAUAUCUCGGUAUUCAGGCGUAUUUCGGAAAUGACGAUCGCAAGCUCCAUCGUUUAUUCGAAUAUCGACGAUUCGGAUUACAUGGAAAACAGUUCAGUCGGUGAAGCGAUAAUGCACGGGCAUAUAUCUGGCAAGGUAUAUAAAAAAUAUUUACAUCACGGUGGCAACUACUUCAUUCUGUUCGUGCUGCUGCUAUUCUUCAUCAUCAGCCAAAUCGCUACCACCGGCAACGAUUACUGGGUUUCGUAUUGGACCAAUGUGGAACAGCUCAGGCAAAAUGAAGACGCUGUCGACGUCAAUCGAGUCAGUAAAAGGGACAUGAAUAUGCGUAACAACAGUUUCCUGGCAUCGAUCUUCACCCUAAAUUCGGACGGUCUGCUCAGUACCAUGGACGCUAUAUACGUUUACACAUUCUGCAUUCUCGCCUGCACCGCUACAACAGUGUUCCGCAGCUUCCUCUUCAUGAAGAUCUGCAUGAACUCCAGUAUCAACCUGCACAACACCAUGUUCUCCAAUCUGUUGCAGGCGCGCAUGUCCUUCUUUCAUACCAAUCCUUCCGGACGAAUCUUAAAUAGAUUUUCAAAGGACAUUGGCACGAUAGACGAACUUUUACCCGCAACAAUACUCGAAGCAUUUCAGAUAAACAUUGUACUAGUAGCUAUACUAAUCAUGGUGUCGAUACUUAAUCGAUGGAUGAUAAUACCGAUAGUGAUUAUGCUUAUUUUAUUUUUUUUCAUAACAAAGUUCUACCUCAGAACCGCUCAAAGCGUCAAACGUCUUGAAGGAGUAAGCAAAAGCCCGUUGUUUUCACACAUAAACGCUACGCUGAAUGGCUUGCCGACGAUCAGAAGCAGCGGCAUCGGCAUCGAGAAGAUGAUGCGAAACAAAUUCGAUGCAUUGCAGAAUGCACACAGUGGUGCGUGGUAUCAAGUUUUGGUAUGCGGGGCUGCCUUCGGUCUCGUUCUGGACACAUUGAUAUGCUUGUACAUCGCCUGUCUCUGCUAUUCCUUCAUAAUAUUAAAUGAAAAUGGCGGUGUAUCCGGUGGCGAUGUAGGUCUGGCAAUUUCGCAAUCAUUAAUCCUAGCCGGUGCUAUGCAGUUCGGCAUAAAACAGAUGGUCGAGACUUUUUCGCUAAUGACAGCUGUGGAAAGAAUUCUCCAAUAUACAAAUCUUCCCGCGGAAUCAGCUGCUAUCUCGGACAACCCUCCGCCGCCCACGUGGCCAUUCAAAGGGCAAUUAACGUUCAAGGAUGUCAGCAUGAAGUACGACAGGAACGAUCCGUUUGUCUUGAAGAAUCUGAACUUCUCUAUCGAGCCUGGCUGGAAGAUCGGUGUAGUGGGACGAACUGGCGCCGGCAAGUCUUCCUUGAUCUCCGCUCUUUUUCGCCUGUUCGACGAAGGUCUAGAAGGCGAGAUCAUAAUUGAUGGCCUGGUAACGAAAACGAUAGGUCUGCAGGAAUUGCGCGCCAAAAUCUCUAUCAUACCUCAGGAGCCGGUGCUCUUCUCCGAGAGUCUACGCUACAACCUGGAUCCGUUCAAUCAGUACGACGACGUGAGGCUGUGGGAAGUGCUUCGACUAGUCGAGCUAAACGGGGUUGCCCUGGAUCACAUCGUUCUCCACAGUGGUCACAAUUUUAGCGUUGGUCAAAGGCAGCUCAUAUGCCUGGCUAGAGCGAUCUUGAGAAAUAAUCGCCUGCUCGUUCUUGACGAGGCCACCGCCAACAUCGAUUCGCACACCGAUACCGUAAUUCAAGACACAAUAAGAAAUAAUUUUAAAAACUGCACUGUCAUUACGAUAGCGCAUCGUUUGAAUACCAUCAUAGAUAGUGAUCGCAUCAUCGUGAUGGAAAACGGUUGCAUUGUGGAAUUUGGCAUUCCAUACGAAUUAUUGCAUGACAAACCGGACGGCUAUUUUAAGAAAAUGGUGGAGAAGACGGGCAAGGAAAUGGCACAGAAUCUUUUGGAACAGGCGAGAAAGGCUUGUCAGAAAAACGAGGAAAACCGGAAUCUAUCAAGGCAAAAUUCCGGCGAGAGCAAUAUUAUAAUCACAGAGCAAACCAAACUUUAAAUUUAGUCAUACUAAUAAUACACAUUAUUUUGCAUUCAGCGAAAACAGUUUUGCAACUGUUGUGAGAUAUCAUAUUGAUGUAUUUAUUAGUCUGCUAUAAUUUUUCAACGUAUUGCUAAGCGGUCGUAAUUUUUUCCGUACAUACCCCAAAAGUUAUUCUUUAGCAAAAAAUAAAUUUCGCAUAUAAAUACUAAACCGUCUAUGAGAGAAUUAUGUAAUAGAUUAUGAUAUAAACAUUAUCGAUUCAUUAAAAUGUACACAAAUGAUAAUAAUACUUGUCCCUGAAUAUGUAAUAAUGCUAUUUGUAAUAUGUGUCAAAUUAGAAUAAAUAUAUAAAUUAUUA